UGGCUCACGAGGGGGGGAGAUUGAAAUCUCCCCAUCACCCGGGUGCUCGGGUGUGACAUCUUUCUUGAGGUGUCCGAACAAAAAUGAAGCUCUUCGGCCUCAAUGUAGUGCUUUGUUCUUCGGCCAUCUCUGUGGCGCUGGGGAUCUCUUACCAGAUGGACUACUCUGGUGAGACAACGCCUGUAGGGAAGGUCGUGAUCGAUUGGCCCUGGUCAUUGUGAAGCAACUGGAUCUACCAGUGUACCAGCCAUGAUUUCCCUGUUAUUCUAUGGAGGGAAGCACAGCCAGCCAGAACAUGGUAGCUCAAGGCGAGAAAGACAUGCAGGAGGAGAAGAUCCAGUUCGCCACCUACUCUCAGUGGUGCACCCUGACCAAGGAGAAAAAGACCCAGGUCAUUGCCCAGACCGCGGAUGCCAUCGAAUCCAUCAAGGCGGAUGUGGCGAAGAGCACCGCGACGAUCGAACGGCUCACGGCUGAAAUCACAGGGCAUCAAGAGGAGAUCGAGAGAUUGGUCCUUGAGCAGGACAACAUGACGCAGGUCCGCAGCAAGGAGAAUGCCGACUUCAAAGCUGAACAAAAGGAUUAUGAAGAGUCCAUUGACGCCCUGGGAAGAGCUUUGAGUACCUUGCAAAAGCAGGCGUAUGACCGAGAGCAGGCGGGAAGCAAGAAGGAGGCACUUCUGGACAUGCCCGUCUCGGGCUGUCACCGGGAGGUGAAGGAAGCGAUCGCUGCUUUCAUCUCGAGGAAGCCUGAGGUGGAUGGAUAUGAGUUCCAGUCGCAAGGUUUGAUCACCAUGCUGUCGGAGUUUAAAGACAAGUUCGUCCUUGAGAAGGCUGAACUGGAGAAGUUGGAGUUCGAGAAGAAAGCGGCCGCGGAGCAAACGCUGGCGGGCUUGAAGGAUGAACAGGAAGCUGCACAGAAGGCCACAGACAAGAAGGCGGCCUUGAAGAGCAAGAAGCUCCAGCAAAAGGCGAAGCUGCAAGAGAACUUGGAGACCACCAAGACCACCAAGGCUUCGGAUGAGGACUACUUGAAGGAGACAACGGCGACAUGCGACCAGAAGGCCGCCGACUUCGAAGCGCGCCAGAAGCUCCGCGUGGAGGAGCUGGAAACCGUGAACAAGGCCAUUGACGUGAUGAGCUCUGCCAGCGUCUCGGGCACCGAAAAGAAACAGUUGGCGAAAAGCUUCAUCCAGGUCGGACGUGCUACAUCCUUGGCCGCACUGCGCUCUCAUAAGGUGGAUAAGGACCUGAAGGCGAAGCUGCUGGGCUUCCUGCAAAGCGAGGCAGAGCGCCUUCACAGCAAGGUGCUGGCCAAGUUGGUGGCGCCCACGGCGGUGUCGGAAGCCAUGGAAAAUAUCCGCGACACGCUUGAGGGCGUGAUUAAGAAGCUUGAAGCUGUAGCCGCGGAUGAGCACACGAAGAGAGAAUAUUGCAAGAAAGAGAUCAAGAAGAACAAAGCAACUCGUGCUGAUAAGAGGGCCGCCAUUGAUGAGUUGGAAGCUGAUAUUGAUAUGCUCGAGGCCUCCGUGAAGCAGCUCACCGAGGAGGUGGCAGCUCUUGGGGAUGAUCUGGUGGCCUUGGACCAGUCUGUGGCAAACGCCACUGACAUCCGUGGGAAAGAGAAGGCCAAGAACAAUGAGACGGUGACGGAUGCCAAGGCAGCUCAAGCAGCAGUGACGCAAGCCCUUGCGAUGCUGAAGGAGUUCUACGAGAAGGCUGGCCAGGCGACCGCGUUGGUGCAAACUUCUGCGGCUCAAGUGUCGGACCAGCCGGCCAUUUUUGAUGCGCCCUAUCAGGGCAUGGGUGGACAGAGCGGAGGAGUUCUUGGUCUCUUGGAGGUCAUCGCCGCGGACUUCGCGCGCUUGGAAGCGGAGACCUCCUCGGAAGAGGAAGCUGGUCAAACUGAGUACGAGAACUUCUUGAAGGAGUCUAGGUUGAACAAGAAGCAGAUGGAGCUGGACGUGAAGCACAAGAAGGAAACCUCCGCUGAGCAGACGGCAGAAAUCCAGGAGAAGAGCAAUGAACUUCUCGAAGUUCAAGAGGAGUUGGCUGCAGCAUUGAAGGUGUGGGAAGUGCUGCAAAAGGAGUGUCUCACGUCCCAAAAGGCAGAGGAGGAGCGGCGUGAGGAGAAUAUCGAGUCUUUGAAGAAGGCUCUUGACAUGCUGGCUGACUCUUGAGCAAUUAGCUCGUGCCUGUCCGUUCAAAAUGGGCGGGACGUGAGCGCCAUAUUGUGCCAUCUCUUGGCUGC